GGUGACCAGCAGCCAGCAUGUACUUUGAAGUUCUCUUCGUGUGUGUUGUUUGAAUGAAACUCGUCCAGCUUUAAUGUGUAUUUGUCGUUUUUGUCAUCGAUUUUGGACCUGUUGAGGAUCAUUAAAAUUCGAGCAAAAUGGGAAUCUUGGAAAAGAUAUCUGAAAUUGAGAAAGAAAUAGCUCGGACCCAAAAAAACAAAGCGACCGAGUAUCAUCUGGGUCUUUUGAAAGCUAAACUUGCUAAGUAUCGAUCUCAACUUCUUGAGCCAUCGAAGAAAUCUGAAAAGGGAGAAGGUUUUGAUGUAUUGAAAUCUGGUGACGCCAGAGUUGCACUGAUUGGUUUCCCAUCUGUCGGAAAGUCCACAUUGCUAAGUACACUAACGCAAACUGAAAGUGAAGCUGCUUCAUACGAAUUCACAACUUUGACAUGUAUUCCUGGAGUCAUCCAGUAUCGGGGGGCAAACAUUCAGCUGCUCGAUUUGCCUGGGAUCAUUGAAGGUGCCGCUCAGGGAAAAGGUAGAGGUAGACAGGUUAUAGCUGUUGCCCGUACAGCUGAUUUGGUCUUAAUGAUGUUAGAUGCAACAAAGAAGGACGUCCACCGUUCCCUGCUAGAGAAAGAGUUGGAGUCUGUUGGGAUUCGUUUGAACAAGAAAAGACCAAACAUCUACUUCAAAAUCAAGAAGGGAGGUGGCAUAGCAUUUAACUCAACAUGCCCUCUCACUAAAAUUGAUGAGAAAAUGGUUCAGAUGAUUCUCCAUGAGUACAAGAUAUUUAAUGCUCAAGUAUUGUUCCGUGAAGAUUGUGGUGCUGAUGAACUAAUCGAUGUAAUUUCUGACAAUCGAGUUUAUCUGCCAUGCAUGUAUGUUUACAAUAAGGUUGAUCAAAUAUCUAUUGAAGAGGUCGAUAGGAUUGCUCGUUGUCCCAACAGUGUGGUUGUCAGCUGCAAUUUAAAGCUAAACCUGGACGGGCUUUUGGAAGAUCUUUGGGAAUACCUGGCCUUGAUUAGAGUUUACACCAAAAAGCCAGGGCAGCCACCAGAUUUUGAUGAUUGUCUGAUUUUACGUCGGGGUGUUACUGUGGAACAUGUUUGCCAUGCCAUUCACAGAACUCUUGCAGAUGCUUUCAAAUAUGCUCUUGUUUGGGGUACCAGCACCAAAUACUCUCCUCAAAGAGUGGGAAGUAGUCAUGUGAUGGCUGAUGAAGACGUUAUUCAAGUGGUAAAGAAGUGAUCUGAUUUAUGCCAUCUUCAGAUUGGUUAUAAUGCGACUCACAUUGUUUAUAAAUGUUUCUCUAUCUUUUAA